CAAACAUUUAAAAACGUAUUGAAACAACAAUAGAAGAGCGCAAAGAAAUCUGUUGGCAUGUAUAAGCUUGCUACAAAGAUAUUGAGCUUUGGAUAUGCUGUCCAUUGGAUAGUUUGACCGCAUAGUUUCUGUCGUUGUUAUGAUCUACGGAGACAGCGCCCACUUCAAAUAAGCAUGUUUCUAGCAAGUCAAACUAUCUGUUCCUAAUUUCGAUUUCAAGAUUUUCCUGAUUUGAGGAUUGAUUUAUUGCUCAUUGUCCAUUGUCGUCCUCAGUACGUAUUUGUAAUAAAAGUAAACAAUAGUUAUGUAAUGUUUGAAAUCUGUCAAUGAAUACUGAAAAUAAAUCCAAGCUAACAUUAUCAAAUUGUGUUUGUGAUAUUUGUCAAUGCUUUAAUAAUAAACUAGAAAAUAAACAAUAUACUCAUGUUAAAUGUAAAUUGAAUGAUAAAGUUAAAUUAUGGAAUCGUUACGAAGGAAUUGUGAAAUUUAUUGGUCCUAUUCAUUUUAAAAGUAAUGUCAGUGUUAUUCUUGUUGGCAUUGAAUUGAAUUCACAUAAUGAAGAAUAUAAUGGAAGGGUCCAAGUAUCAUCUGUUCAAUAUUCCAUACUUUAAUAAUUGAAGCAUUAUAUCAUUAUAAAUGCUAUGAUAUUUAUAUAUAUAUUAUAUAAAUAUAUAAGGCAAUCUUAUAUGAUACUGAUAUCAGUAAUGCAUGAUUGAGAUUGUUUAUUGAUUCAUGUAAUUCAUUAUGUUUCUGUUAUAUCCUGAUGAGAAUAAUGAAGGGUAAUUGUUGGAAUUUAUUUCUAAACUAAUUCAAUAUGUAUAUUUUUGAUUGUAUAGUGGUUUAGUAGUUAAACUAUUCAUAUUCAUGUUCCUCAUAUUAUAAGCUUUAUUUUGAUCAAUGAACUAUUAUUAUACGAUUGGCCGUUCUUGAGUUAUGCCCAGUCUAUUAAUUACUACCUCCCACAUUCACAGCCACAUUUGGCUAAAUCUUGCACAACUGUUGCUUCCUAUUUUAUGGUACGAUGUGGUCUCUCUGGUUGGUAUAUAAACCCAGUAUGUUUGAAAUACAUGAUUCAUAUUACAAAGGCUGAGAUUGGUGUUCUGUACUUAACUGGCUGGGAUAGGCGGAAAGCAGGACCAAUAAAGACUCUAGACUGCUCGUACGGGUUUACGCGUCAUUAGUCCAGUCGAUAAUUCACUG